AUGCAAAAACUUGUGCUUGACCGCAUCCACGAAGGGCACCAAGGCAUCACAAAGUGCCAACUUCGAGCCAAAGACUCCGUGUACUGGACUUCAAUCAACAAGGACAUUGAAGAGAUAGUUCAGCAGUGUCCCACAUGCCAAGAAACGUCAAGGUCGCAAACAAAGGAAACCCUCAUCCCGCAUGAACUUCCUACACAACCAUGGAAAUAUGUUGGAACAGAUCUUUUCCAUUAUGGAGAAAAUGACUACCUGAUUGUUGCUGACUACUACUCAAAGUUUCCAAUUAUCAGAAAAAUGCCCAUACACGUUACAAGCACGGCUGUGAUCAAGGCAUUGAAGAAUUUGUUUUCUGAGUAUGGAGUCCCUGAAAGAGUAUAUAGUGACAAUGGACGUCAAUACAGCUCUGAAGAAUUUGUUAAGUUUGCUUCGAACUGGGAGUUUGAACAUAUAACAAGCUCACCCCACUAUCCUCAGUCCAAUGGAUUCAUCGAGAAGACCGUUCAGACGGUCAAAAACACCAUCAAUAAGGCAAAAAGAAGCAACCAGGAUCCGGAUAUGGCAUUGUUAACUAUAUGUACCACACCACUGGAUAGCAAGUUGCCAAGCCCAGCAGAACUUCUAAACGGGAGGAAGAUGAGGAGCAACCCCUUCACCUGCCUACAAAGGAAAGGCAGAAACAAGAAGUCUAUGAGAACUUCAAGAGGAAGCAAGACACACAAAAGCAGUAUUAUGACCCAGGAGCAAAAGAACCAACAGAUACUCCUACCAGGCCAAGUUGUUCGAGUUCAAGACCACAUAACUGGAAGAUGGACAUCGCCACAGUCAUUGAGAAAUCCCAAGAACCUCGAUCCUACAUAG